CGCGCCUGAGCAACCCCUGUCUGUCGCUGCCACUGUCGCCUCGGCCGCCGCCGGCCCGGACUCGCCCAGAGCGCAGGGUGUGUGCCCCGCUGCGCGUGGAGCGCGGAGGCUCCUCCAGCCCCAGCUCCUCGCCCCGGCCCGCGCGCGGGUCCCGGAGGGCGCCGACCCCACCAUGCAGCUGCAGUUCCGGAGCUGGAUGCUGGCCGCGCUCACGCUGCUUGUGGUCUUCCUCAUCUUCGCAGACAUCUCGGAGAUCGAAGAAGAAAUCGGGAAUUCUGGAGGCAGAGGUACAAUCAGAUCAGCUGUGAACAGCUUACAUAGCAAAUCUAAUAGAGCUGAAGUUGUAAUAAAUGGCUCUUCAUUGCCAGCCGUUGUUGACAGAAGUCACGAAAGCAUUAAGCACAGCAUCCAGCCAGCUUCAUCCCGAUGGAGACACAACCAGACGCUCUCUCUGAGGAUCAGGAAGCAGAUUUUAAAGUUCUUGGAUGCAGAGAAGGAUAUUUCUGUCCUUAAGGGGACCCUGAAGCCUGGAGACAUUAUUCAUUAUAUCUUCGAUAGAGACAGCACAAUGAACGUGUCCCAGAACCUCUAUGAACUCCUCCCCAGAACCUCGCCACUGAAGAAUAAGCAUUUCCAGACUUGUGCCAUUGUGGGCAACUCGGGGGUCUUGCUGAACAGCGGCUGUGGGCAGGAGAUUGACACCCACAGCUUUGUCAUAAGGUGCAACCUGGCUCCAGUUCAGGAGUACGCCCGGGACGUGGGCCUCAAGACAGACCUAGUGACGAUGAACCCCUCAGUCAUCCAGCGGGCCUUUGAGGACCUGGUGAAUGCCACGUGGCGGGAGAAGCUGCUGCAACGGCUGCACGGCCUCAAUGGCAGCAUCCUGUGGAUACCUGCCUUCAUGGCGCGGGGUGGCAAAGAACGCGUGGAGUGGGUCAACGCUCUCAUCCUGAAGCACCAUGUCAACGUACGCACGGCUUACCCUUCCCUGCGCCUGCUGCACGCUGUCCGAGGAUAUUGGCUGACCAACAAAGUCCACAUAAAAAGACCGACGACUGGCCUCCUGAUGUAUACCCUAGCUACACGUUUCUGCAAUCAGAUCUACCUCUAUGGCUUCUGGCCCUUUCCACUGGAUCAGAAUCAGAACCCUGUCAAGUACCACUAUUAUGACAGCCUCAAGUAUGGCUACACUUCCCAGGCCAGCCCCCACACCAUGCCCCUGGAAUUCAAGGCUCUCAAGAGCCUGCAUGAGCAGGGGGCAUUGAAACUGACUGUCGGCCAGUGUGAUGGGGCUACGUAAGGAUGGCGGCCCAUGGGACUCGGUGGCUCACUUUCCUGCCGGCUACACCACAGGCAGAUGGGGGUCGGGGUGGCACAAACAAUAGGACAAGCAGGCUAGUGGUUUUCUUUGUUAAAGUGUAAAACAGUGACCAGAAUAUAUAUAUCUAUACCUGCAUAUAUAUAUUGACCUGAGUAUUUAUAACUGUGUGGUGUUCAUCUAGCAUUAGGCAGAUAAGCCACAGGAAGAAGGUGUGGAGAACCCACCUGGACCAGAUGGAGACUCAGUCCAUCUUUGGGGGCAAAAGGACUUGACAUGCAAAGAAGCCAGUCCCAUGACUUUGGAUGAGAACCUGCCUCCUGGGUUGGACGGAUCUCUGGGCUCAUGGAUGAAUGGAGAGCCACCUGUUGUCAGCUUCCCUGAACCUCUGAGUGAUGUGGAUUCUGGGAAGCCCAGACCCAGAAAGGACAGUUUGGACCAGUCUAAAGAGGUGCAGUUCAUGGAGGAGAGACUUGGAGAGUUCCACUGGGCAAAGAGGCACAAGAUCAAACAUCAGCGGUCACAACAGAGCUGAGGGCCUUGUUCAUGAACUUGAAAGUGCAACUGCCCAAAGUACAAGCAUGGGUAGCACCUGUGUCCCAGACAGGCCUUCGCAGGCAUUGAGAGAGGCUGGAGGAAACUCAACGGACAGCCCCAUAUUCUGACUACACAAGGACCACCCAGGACUUAGGAGAGUGGAGCAGCAGACAGUCCUGAAGAGGUAGAGUGUUCUAAACCAUGGUUACAGAAACUUGAGACCUUCCAGGGGUUUGGUCUGCCUCGGAAAAGGACAAAAAGAGUGUCCAAAAUAUAGUCAUUUUGUUGGGUGCACUCUGAAGCAACUGAGGAAGGAGUGAUCCUGGGACUUCAACUUCCGGGUUAGCCUUCAUCCCAUCCUCUAAGAAUGUCACAAGAGGGAACUCUACUGUCAUGCCUACCACCAGAAAGACACAGCCAAUGCUUGGAAGGGCACAGUCACAAUAGGCAUCAUCCUGUUCAACACGCAUCCAGUCACCUUUCUUGGCACCGCACAGAGCCCCAGACCUGGACACCUGGAAGACUUGACGCAGCUGGCUCUGGGUCUCUAUGGUCACUCUGUUUGCUUUCCGCGUCCUUCACUCUGAGGGUCCCCUGCAGCCAGACCACUGUGCCAGUGUCACCCAUCCUGACAGUCAUGCCUGCUCACACCAAGCUCCACCAUGGAGAUUUUCAACUCUUCUGGGAGAGGUUCCAAUGUCCACUCUACACACCUGCCCACCCUCGCCCCCUACACAGGCAAUGACUGCACAGUUUUUGCAAAAUCCUUCCCCCUCUCUAUUAAGAUUCACACGUAAGACUUGUUUUUCUUGUCAAAGCCCAACGCCAAACACAGUUCCAAACACUGGACAUAAUCUCCAGGGGAAAUCUGGGCUCACUGCCAAUAACUUAGGGGUUGGACUUAGAGGUCACCCGCAGCAAACCCUCAUGCAGCUUGAUUUGUUAGAUGCAGUCCCUCACCUGAUAAAUAAUGGUUCUUUAAAACAUAUUUGAAAGAUAAGAAAAAGAGCUAUUAUCUUGAAGGUGAACAGAGUUAAGAAAUGUAAUCAAGAUCCGCUCCCAAGCACAUGAGGUCUGACGUAAUUAAUCAACAGCCAUUCAGAAUACAACAUUUGCUCUAAAUUAAUGGCUGACAGGAAAUGAGCAGAGAGAUGGAGGGACACCCUAGAGUACAUUAACCCCGUGUACAGUCCCUCUGGCCCCAAACCAGGGUGAGGGUUGUACAUCUCCAUGUUUCUCUCUUCAUUCUGGUUGCAGUAUGAAGCAUGUGGUUUGGGAUUUGCAUCACAAAAUGAAUAUUUAAAAAAGCAACAGCCCUAACAGCCUCCCUGGGAACUGAGUGGCUCAGCCUCCUCAUGAACGGUGGAAAUAAUUAGUACCAUAUUUUACAUGUCUCCAGGGCCUUUCAUCUUAAGGAUCUCAAAGGCUCCAGAAGACAUUUAAUUUCUAAGUUUGCAGCGCCCUGGAGGGAUAGGUAAAAUCACCAGCAGGGUCUUGUAUUAGCAAAGCCCUUGGAUGUCCGAACAUCCCAUGUGGAAUCAUGAAGACAGCCCAGAGGUCAGGUUCUGGGGGUGACCCUGAGCGCCACCUAGAAUCCUCUCCCUGCAGAGGAAUUAGAGAGCCAGUAGUCUAACUAGACUUAAGCAGGAUGUAACGUGAUCGGAAAAAGUCAGCAAUCCCAGGACUACCUGUAUAUGCCCUUUCCCUAACUCAACAGGACCUAGGCUGUCAAAAUGAUCUGAGCAUAUAGCAGCAAGAAUUCUGUGGGCCUUAGUGUUUCCUAUCCUUGUUCUUCUCCAGCAGCCAAGUGUCCUUGACUGCCUUCUGAGAACUCACUUGGGACUGGGUUCCAUUGAAGUCUUUAACAUAGGUUGGUUGUCCCUGGCUGGCCACCAGAAGGCACAGCUUGCACUCUUAGCCUUAUUGCUGCACUACAAUCAAUCAUAGCAUCACAUAAGCCUCGGUCGGUCGGUCCCCUCUACUUUUGGCUAUCAGUCACCGCCUCAGUCUAUUCACGUAAGCUAACCAGGCCCCCAUUUACUUCCAGCCCUCAGCGACUCUACCCUUAACCUCUGCCUUCACACAUACACACACACACACACACACACACAAAACCCUAGGUGUUUGACAGAGACCUUUCCUCAGAAUCUCUUGGCCUCUGCCUCCCACUUAACCUUCAUUCUCCCAUUUCCGUGGGAGUGAGGUCCCUCUGGCCAGGGAGUUUUUCCUCUCACACCCUCAGUCUCUUCACUGGCCCUCUUGCUGUUCAUUUAAUUCCUCCACUUCCAGUCCUUGGCAAGGUCUCCAGUCCCUAUUGCCACCAAUUCCCCUGACCACACCUUAGUGUCCCCUCCUAGCCCACUGCUGGGACCAGCAUCUCAGUGUCAUCCAUGUGCUAGCUCAAAAGGCCUCUCUCACUGCAGAGCUCUACGGUGAACUCUCCUGGGCAAGACACUCUGUUCUUAAGAUUUUACCCCUGCCAUCCCAACUUCCAUGACCAUUAUUUAUAUAUUUAUUUAUGUAUUUAUGAGUAUUUAUUGGCACUCCUACCUUGAGCUGAAAAGGGAGUCAAGAAAGAUCAGCCCAUUUUUCCUUCUCUUCUCCCUGUACCACAAAGUAGCCAUUCCUUCCAAUAAGACCCUCCCCACAGACCCAUGCACGGUGAACCAUAAGUUCCAUGCCUUCCUUCAGACCUAGCUACCACCACCCAAAGAACGCCUUCCACUCUGCUUAGCUGUUUAGCUCCACUGAAUGCCCCAGGAUAACAUGCUGCCUAUUACACAUCUGCUCUGACAUCUUGAACUCAACACAUCUGAAGCUAAGCAGACCUUCUGUCUUCCCUGCAUGAUCCCUUGUCUUCCCAUUGGAACACCAAUGGUUCUCUCAACAUAAUCUGGGACCCUACGACGACCACUGACUCUUCCAUGCAAUCCCUCAUCACUCUUUCCGACUAGUCCCUACCUCGCCUCUACUUGUCCCUCGAACCCCUUUAUAGUGGUGUCCUCUCCCAUACCUCCCUGAGCAGGACAAUGGUCUGUACCUCCAGUCCUUCAAAAUCCUUGAUAAGAUCCCAUGGCCCAGAAAAAUGUGCCCAUCUUUAUCCUACCGUUACAGAGCACCCAAUCAGGCCACUUCAUACCCUGCACUGGCCAAUCCAGAAGCGUUGUCAUUACUGGAAAAGGUGCCAUGUUUCCUGGCUCUGUGCCUUUGGCCUUACAGUCCUCAUCUUCUGCAUCGCUCUUGAGUUCUUCCAAGGCCCGUGCAGAGACCACACCCUCCACGAAGCCCCCCAUGCCCCACCAGUUGGGAUCUCUCCCUCCACGGAACCACCACAGCACUUUAUUUGUAACUUUCUCAUGGCACUUACCACAUUCUGCCUUGUAUUAUAGCUACUUGUGCACUCGUCCUAUGUCCGUUCCUAGACUGUGAGCUUGCCCAGGGCAGGCACUGUUUUAUUCAUCUGUGUCCAUCACAGCACUCGGCGUGGUGCAUAGCACAUAGCAGUUGCUCAAUAAAUGUUUGUUGGAUUAAA